AAUUCACAUCACUCUGAGUUCACUAAAGCUUCAUCAAUUAGACGCUUCAAAACAAAGCAUCCUCGCAAUCCACAAGGCAUCAAUUUCCUCGACAUUCUCAUAAACAAACCCACGUCACAGGUACAAUGGCUUUCUUCCCCCGCUACUGCUCAGGCGACUUCGCCCCUUUGUUUCAGCUCCUCGACGACUACGAUAUGCACCAGGCCACCCGCCGACCAAACAAGAAGGUCACCAACGUGAGAACAUUUGUUCCUAAAUUUGACGUCUACGAGCAAGGGGAUCGCUACUAUCUUGAUGGAGAACUUCCUGGAGUCUCACAGAGCAACAUUGAGAUCGAAUUCACCGACCCUCAAACCCUAGUUAUCAAGGGUCACUCUAAGAGAAAUUACCACCACAAAUCCGAGCCUGAUACCGAUGACAAGUCCGAGACAUCAUCGGUCAAGUCUCUUCAACCCACAGUCGAGGAUUGGGAUGAGAUGGAAGAUGCUACACCUGCGGUCGAGCAAACUCCAUCUUUGGGCCCCAAGGAAAAAGCUGUAGAGAAGAACUCCAGCACCAGGAGUCAGGAACCUGCCUACAAGUUCUGGGCAUCUGAGCGCUUGGUUGGAGAAUUCUCUCGAACCUUUGCCUUCCCUACCAGAGUGGACCAGGACGCCGUUAGGGCGAGCUUGAACAACGGUAUUCUGUCCGUGGUUCUUCCGAAAGAACCAGCUCCUCAACUCAAGAAAGUCCGCGUGGAGUAGAGAACAAAUACAAAUACCUUCCAACCUGCCAGUACGACGACGACGACGACGACGACGACGAUGACUCCUAAUGACUCCGUGAAUGCAUUGCGACACAUUGGACUACUCAAUUAGCAUGAUAUGAUGACGUCAAGUACGCUUGGUUGCUUCUGUUAUACUUCUGACAAGUUAUGUUCGGUUUCGUCAAGGACGGAUCUGGGAUUACAUGGGCUAGCUCUAUCUUCUUUUGUACCUUUACCACCUCCAGCAUGUUAACUUUGUACUAUAGCGGCAAGGGUACUGGAAUCUAAUCUACACUAUCAGAUUUAAUCUGUAUGGUCUUCUGGUACGUAGUAGUGCUCAGUACACGAGAAGUAGAUGCAAAACUUGUGAGUAUGCACUAUUUUGAUAGAGAACUAUUGGUCAACUAGAAGUUAUCAUACCAAGUAGAACAACUACCUAGUCUUUACAAGUCGCGGGCUUCUGCGAUCCCCUGCUUCCCGAAUUGCAGCCUAGUCUACAGAUCAUUCAACACGA